AUGAAAGAGGGGGGGAAAUCUACACUAUUUGGUAAUGUUUUAACGAAUCACAUGAUAAUUUUUAUCUCGAUUUUAUUAAUAAAUGUGUUGAUUAUAAUUUCAUAUAUUAAUGGGUUUUUAUUCUCAAAAUCGGGAAUUUUAAAUAAAUCAGAAAGUUUAGAUGUAUUUAGCAAAAAUGUAUUUGGAAAUGAGUAUGUAGAAUAUUUGAAAACGAAUAAAAAUAGCUACUCAAUUAUUAAUCCACCUUAUGAUAAAAUUGUUAUCCUUUUAAUCGAUUCACUAAGGUUUGAUUUCACACUUUAUGAUCCCAAUUAUGAUAAAAAAUGGGAAUCGAAUGUGAUGCUGCAAAAUGGUGGUGAGAAAAAAUCUGGAAAUGGCGAAAACAAUAUAAAUACCCUCAUUAAACAAAACAAAAUUAAAUUAUAUUUAAAUAAUAUGAUAAAUUUACAUAAGAUUUUAAAAACAAAAAAAAAUAAUACUCGGUUAUUUCGAUUUGAAGCAGAUCCACCAACUGUUACAACAUCCAGACUAAAAUCAAUGCUAGUAGGAGGUAUAUCAAAUUAUAUGGAUAUCAAUGAGAAUUUCAGUCCUAGUGAUAAUAUGCAAGACAAUUUUAUAGAGCAAUUAUAUAUUAAUAAAAAAAAUGUUACAGCUAUUGGUGAUGAUACGAUUACAAAAUUAACAAAAAAAAUAACAAAAAAAUUAGUAUAUGAAAGCUUUAAUAUAUUUGAUUUUUAUUCAUUAGAUAUUAAAUCCAAAGACCAUUUUUAUCAAGAAUAUUCAAAAAAUGAUUGGGAUCUUCUUUAUUUACAUUUAUUAGCAGUUGAUCAUAUAGGACAUAUAGAAGGGGUAAAUUCAGAAACUAUGAAAAAUUCUUUAAUAAGUUUUGAUAUAUUUAUAAAAGACAUAAUUAGUAAAAUCAAUGAAUCUAAAAAAAAUAACAAAAAUAUAUUAUUUAUAGCGUUUGGUGAUCAUGGGCAAUUGGAUUCAGGAGACCAUGGUGGAAUUAGCAUAGACGAAACAAACAGUUCUUUGUUUGUUUAUUCACCAUUAAGUUUAAUAAGUGCUGAUAAAAAUAUAAAUUCUCGAAAUUUCGUUUUAUUUGACUAUGGAAAUGAUGAUAUAAAGAAAAACCCUAAAGCUCGGCCUUCUGAUGAUUCAUUUAAUUAUCAUGAUUUUGUUAAAAAAUAUAAAAAUUCAGAAGAUGAUAAAAAUGAUAUAAUAGGUUAUAGAAAAUAUCAUUCCUCUUUAAACAGUUUAAAUCAUGAAAGAAAAUAUUUUUAUAAUGUUAAAUAUACAAAACAAGUAAAUUUAAUUAGUACUUUAUCAUUUUUAAUUGGCUCUACCUUACCAUUUUGUAACAUUGGAAAUAUUAUCCUCGAUUUUAUUCCGAAUGCAUAUGAAAUUGAUAAUGAUACUAAUGUACCAUACCAAAAAGAAAAGAAGCUAAACAAUACAGAUAAUAGUAAUAAACAAUUUGAGUACUCAAGUCAAAAUAAAAAAAUGAAUAAAUUUUCACAAACAUACUAUGAUUUGUUAAAUUUGCAUUAUAUUGCUGAACUGAAUUAUGCUAACAUGUGGCAAACAAACAGAUAUUUAAAUGAAUAUGAAAAAAUCUAUGGAGUUUUAAAAACUGAUGAUUAUUAUCUUAUUAAAAAUAUGUGGAAAAAUAUAGAAGAUGAGAAAUCUGCUUUUUUCAUUCCUCAUAAAGAAUUUGUAGACAACCAAGAAAUAUUGAUAAAAGAAAAAGAAAAAUAUAUAGAAUAUAUAAAUAAAAUUAGAGAAGCAAUGAAGAUUAGUCAAAGAUAUUUUUAUUAUAUUUUUACUUUAAAAGAUCACUCUUUUUUAUUUUUAUGUCUAUUUAUAAAUAUAUAUUUUUUUAUAAUUUUUAGCAUAUACUAUUUCUUUUCCAAAUUAAAUUAUUACAAUAAAUCAAUUGGUAGUAGAAGAUUUAUUAUUUCUAUAAUGCUUGGUUUCUUUAUUUUAUUUAUUCUAAAUCUUUACAAACAAAAAUUAUAUUUUAUGAUACUCUCAUUUUUAUUUUUGUUGUUUGUUGGAUAUAUAUUUUUUUUCAAAAAAUCCAAGGCUCAAAAUGUACUUUCAAUUUUUACACAUGCAAAAAUACUCAUCAUGUUUAAUAGCUUAAUAUUUAGUAAAUUUGACCAAGUACCAAUAAUACAAGAAAAUAGAAACCAUGAUCCAAUCUCAGCAAAACCUGAUACUCCAUUCUUCGGAAUCCAAAACAAUAUUCAAAAGCAAGCAAACUUCAAUAAAUUUAAAAACAAUUCAAAUAACAAUAUUAACUUAAUUCACAGGCUCAUCAUAUUCUCAAAAAAACUAAUUAAUGAAAUGAUAAAUACAAGUUAUUUUUUCUUACGCAAAAUAGAAUUCAUGCAAAUUUUAAGAAGCAACUUUUUUUUUGUAUUUUCUAUUAUCUGGAGUUUUUGUGAAACAUCUUUUAAUUAUGUAGAAAAAGAAAGAUAUUAUAUUCAUGUCCUUAUGAUUGUUUACGUAUUUUGUUCUUCGAUAUUCCAAAAUUAUAGAGUAUCUACUUAUUUCUUCAGGAGCACACCGUUGCUAGUUAUUUUGUUAGUUAACCUUAUGGCUAGUUUUCAAUCAGAAUAUUUCAAACAUUGCACGGAAAAAAUAUUUAUAAACAGAUCUACGUUAAACAUAAUUUUACCAACAACGUUUUAUAUAUUAAGUAUGUUGUUAUUAAGGAGAAGGAGCAAUAAAAUGUUGAAAAAAAAAAUAAAACUUAUUACAAUAAUAAUAUGGACAUUGCAAUAUUUUUUCGUUAUUAUUUACUUGAUUAAAAUAAAUAAAAUAGCAGAAUUUUGGGUGCCUUUAAUUAUGUACACAUUAACAUUUUCAUUUAUAUCAUUUAUUAUAUUACGAAAGAGUGACAUUUUGGAGGAAACACAAAAUAAGAAUAGUGACAAUUUUAUAAAAAAAAUGAGCGAGCUGUGUGUAAUAUUUUUUAUCAUACUGUGCUCAUUGCUACAAUUAUCUCUUAUCAUAUAUAGUAAUACAAAUUUAAGUAUAACUAUAUUUUUUUAUACAACAUUGAUAUUUUUUUAUUUUUACUUUACAAAUCCUACGGAUUUAACACAAAAAGAGGAUAUAAAUAAUAUUAUAAUAAGUUGGAUUAGGGAAAAUACUAAUGUAGACAGACAAUAUAACAAGCAUAUAAAUACACAAGUUAAGGAAAAAAUAUAUUUAAAUCUUCAAAAAGAAAAAAAUAUUUUAUUAAGUAAAUCCAGUAUAAUAGAUCAAACAGAUGUUAUACAAAUACAAAUUGCUAAGUUAAUUCCAAGCAUUUCAUUUUUUUUAAUUAAUGAAACAAAUUUUUAUAUAUUAUCAUCACUAAUUUUAAAAUAUAGUUUUUUCUUAACCGGUCAUACAUUUAUGUUAAAUGGUUUACCGUUAACAUCAGGUUAUAUAGGCUUUGGAAAAUAUUUUUGGCCUUUUAGUCAAAUUUAUACUUUUUUACAUGUAUAUUUUCCAAUGAUUUUUUCUUUUAUUUUUCUUAUUUAUAUAUUCAAUUUGAGAAAAAUAAAAGUUUUAGAAUUCUUUGAAGAAACAGAUUUUGACAACUUUUACUUUUAUCCAUUAAUUAACUUUUUGUUCAAAAAUAUUUUUCUCUUUUGUGUCAAGUGCUAUGUUUCCAUGUGGACUUCUUUCUUUCUCAGCAUGCAUAUCAUGAUAAACGAUUACUUUCUUCCAAACUUUUUUUAUCUAGCCUCUAUAGUUAUUGUUUAUAUAACUUUAUCAAUACUAACUCUAUCCAUAAUUAAACGAAUUUUUUUAAGAUAA